UUGAGAAAAAGACGCGCGUCUGAUUCUCACGACAUAGAAAUAAUUAAAAAGAAAACACACACACACACACACACGCACGGACUGCACACGCGCACUCACGCCUAAUCCGGCGAAACAAGUCUGCACAGCUGUUUGGGGACAUUCCUCCCGCGUCUCCCAACAAAACAACCCACGGACGGACGACACCGGGGAACCACGUGAGCAGCGUCAUUCCCACAGGUGCCCCGGUGAGACGUGAGGGAAUGCGGAGCGUCAUCCCUCCUGCCAGACCGCUCUGAAACUUUCGUUGGAGAAGGAAGGAGGGAGGGAGAGAGGGAAAGAGCGAGAGAGCGAGAGAGGCGCGCGCGGAGAACGCCUGCAGUCUGCGCGACGGUCACCGGCGAUGUUGUGAGUCUGACCGGAUCCUCCGCGGCACGGGAGCACCAUGGCGGUGGACGCGGCGUCCAGUUUCAGCUUCUGCAGGCCAGCUGUGGAGUACAGGGCUCUGCCGGAGGACUUCAAGCACCAGCUCAGUCGACGGACAGGUGGGAACCUGACCUGGCAUGACGGACGUGGGCAGAAAACCGCAGGCGGCAGGCCGGUGAAGCUGCUGCAGCAGCCGGGCACAGAGGCCCUGCAGUACCGUUCCAGCGACAAUUAUGGAAUAUAUCACACGAGCCCAACACAGCCCAGCCUGAUCCGCCCCGUCGUGCUGUGGUCGCAACAAGACGUUUGCAAAUGGCUGAAGAAACACUGUCCGCACAACUACCUGGCCUACGUGGAGGCGUUCUCCCAGCACGCUAUCACAGGCCGGGCCCUGUUGCGUCUGAACGGGGAGAAGCUGGAGAGGAUGGGGCUGGUGCAGGAAACACUUCGGCAGGAGUUGCUGCAGCAGGUGCUGCAGCUCCAGGUGCAGGAGGAGGGACGCAACUUGCAGCUGCUCAGCAGAGGUUCCUUUGGAAGAAUAUCGUAGCCAGAAGAAGUGGAAUAUUUACCCCAAAUGAACUCAAAUGUGAAUCCGAUCCAGAGGAUAAAUCCCUCCAGCGAGAAGCGAUCUAAACGAGUUAUGUUGUUGAGCGAAAGUUGGCAGCUUUUCAUUCUGCACAACAAACUUACACAAACUCUGCGGCCUGUCAAUGAACUGUGACGGAGAAGCACCCAGACAAUCUGCUUUGUAAAUUGCUCUAUUGACUAUUUCUCUCUUACUGUCUCUACCUCUUUCUCGCUCUGUGAAACUUUUGUAAUGUCAAAAAGUAAAUAAAUAAAAAGCUACAAAUAAAUGCUUUUAGUGCAAAGGA